AUGUCAAAAUUAUUCACCCUAAUAAGUUAUUUUUUCGUACUAGCUACCUCCGGGGACGAAAUAAAUAUAUUGAGUGAUGACGAGAAAGAUUUAAUCAAAUGCUGUGCUUUCAGCUCAGAUUGCUGUGACCAAAAACCGACUAAUUUCGAAGUUAAGGCCGUUUUAACGCAAUGUCGUAAACCCGAGCCGGAUUUCGGCAAAAAAAAUGAUAUGAUUAUCGUAAGGGAAGUGAGAUCGGGACCUUGCAACGAACCGAAUUUGGAUCUGACCGACUGCGCCAAAAAAAUGAAAAUAUCAGUUAAAAUACAAAACGUCGGUUUAACAAAUUGCAAAAAUCAAUAUAUUUUGAUAGAUCACGUGUUCGAUGCCGUUACCGGAGAAAAACAGAAACUUUUCACGCCCUAUAUACUGAAAAUUACGCAAAAACCAAUCGUGGAAAAAUACGGUUUGUGGUACGAAAGUAUGGUUAACGAAGAAGCAAAAGAAACCGUUUAUAACAAAAACACUCCAGGUUAUAAAGGUUGUGAUCCCAAAGAUACGACAAUUUCAAACUGCGAAUCGAUCGAAUACAAUAAUAGAGUCAUCCCGUAUAGUAACGGGUUUUGUUGUCCUUAUAAAUCAGAAAAUAACGUGGAUUCUUCGAAAUUAUCACUGAUUUCGUCGGAAUGCGUUAACAAAACAAAUCCAGAAAGUAACGACGUUUCUAACCUACAAAUGCGCGGUAAUCAAGAUGGCGAUUCAUCGUCGAAUGGCGCGACCGGUCAUUGCUUGAAUUAUUCGAAUAUAUGGUACUUAGUUUACCGUUUGGAAAAGCCUUUCGUACAACACGAACUCGCUUUUCAAAUAUUUCAAAAAUACCAAACCGAAAUGGACUGGAAAUGGAAAGAUAUAACGAAAAAAAUCCCGAUCAAAAUCGGUACGAAUAUACGGGCUGCGACUAACGAUGAUAAUACCGUAAUAGCUCGAUAUAUAACGUCGGACAUUAACGAAGUAAAUUUCGCUCUAAAUUACAAAUUUCACCGAAUCCUCGUUCCGGAUAUUUCCAACGUGGAAAACGCGGAUAAUUACCCGGAAAUAGCGGGGGGACCUGAGGAAUAUCUGGUCGUCAAAUCGAACAAGAUACAAUCGGACGGUAGAAUUUGCGAUGUUGCCGGUGUGGGUUACGAGGCUUUCGCGAAACAACCGAACCGGUGCGGCGUCCCGAUCGGCACUUGUUUGAAAAACCAACCGUUACAGAUGUGGCGCGAAGAUAAAGCUAAAGUAUCGAAAGGUAAAAGAGGCGAUUACUUUUUGAAAUUCUUCGGCGCUUUACCGGAACAACCGAUCACCGCCGAGGGCGACAACAAAACGCUGCGCUUCUUUUUCACCAAACCCCAUACCAGCACGCUCAAGAUAGAAUUCAAAGACGACGAAAAUUCCAUUUUAAGAAGCGACAGUUUAGGUAUAAUAACCGAGGUUUACGUUGACGGUAGCGAUACUAAAAAAACUACGAUUAUAGCGAAAAUAUUCAACGCCGGUUUAACGUCGAGCGUUUUCUACGUAGCUCUAACCGAAUGUCCGUUAAGUUUACCGGCCAGUUUUAGUCACAUCGCUUCCAUGCCGGUUUUAAUCCCGCCGCAACGUCAACACGUCUAUAAAUUAGAUAUACAAUGUCCUCUGACCGAAAAGAGUUUCUUUUGUAGUCUCCUCGUAUUAAACACGGAUAAACAGCUGAUAGCUAUCAGGAAGAUCCGAUUGGAGAGAUCGAAUCGGUGUAUUUGCGUUUGGCAUUGCGCGUGCGCAUGUUACUACGACGAUUACAAUUUGAAAUGUGACGUUUUGUCGUUGCUGGCCUACCACGCGGCCGGGUUUCAAGGCGGUACGCCGAUACCCGUCCAAAUAAUCGAAUAUUCUUUCGUGGAUCAUUUGCUUUCGAUGAUGCUUUACAUUGUUUUGACUUUGAGUUUAACUUUUCUGCUAAUGGGGCUCGUUAAAGCCUUGGCGGGUUUGUGCGUAGUGUCUGUGGGCGUUUGGGGAUUGGACGUUAUACUGGAUUUACCUAGGAGGAUCGAUAGAUACUACGAGCGGGAUAUUAGUCACCGACGGGUGCGCUAUAACGUGCACGGGUGGCCUGUUCAUCCGGAUACUGGUGUUAGAGUUAGAAAUAUACCUUUACACGCGGAAUUUUGCAUCAACGUUUUAUUUUUUAUCGUUUAUCCCUUUUGUGUAUUGCAUAUUUUCGCUAAAAAUGGUAAAUUCGAUUCGGUUCGACCCGAGGAUAUUGACAGCUGUUAUUGUAAGAACGGAAAAUCCGUUAAAAGGAAAGGUAGCGGCCUACAAAGCACCUUGGUGAAAAAUAAAUGA